UGUUCCACUAGCAACUAGGCAGCUGCGAGCAGUGGUUUUCCAGGCUGCUUGAACAGAAGGUACAGAAUAUUAAACCGAAAAGAUGAUUGCCUUAACUUUUCUUUUUGCCUUAUUAUGGGAUAGAGGUUUUAGCUGGGGAUUCAAGGAUGGCGUUCUUCACAAUUCUAUUUGGUUAGAACGAGCAGCAGGAGUGUAUCACAGAGAAGGACGGUCUGGGAAAUACCAGCUGACUUACGAUGAGGCAAAGUCGGUGUGUGCAUAUGAAGGAGGACAGUUAGCAACACUCAAGCAAUUGGAGGCUGCAAGAAAAAUAGGCUUCCAUAUGUGUGCUGCUGGCUGGUUAUCUAAGGGAAGAGUCGGAUAUCCUAUUGUCAAACCAGGAAGCAACUGCGGCUUUGGGAAGACAGGGAUCGUUGAUUAUGGGUUCCGGCUCAACAAAAGUGAGAAGUGGGACGCCUAUUGCUAUAAUCCUAAUGGAAAAGAUUGUGGUGGAAUCUUCACAGCGUCAAAACAUGUUUUUAAAACUCCUGGGUACCCAAAGGAAUAUGAAGAUGACCAAGUCUGUUACUGGCAUGUAAGAGUGAAGUAUGGCCAACGGAUCAAAAUCCAGUUUCUUGACUUCGACCUUGAGGAUGAUACUGCCUGCAUGGCUGAUUACUUGGAAAUAUACGACAGCUACGAUGAUAUAAAUGGUUUUGUGGGCAGAUACUGUGGUGAUGAACUACCAGAUAGCGUCGUUAGCACAGGAAAUGUCAUGACACUGAAAUUUUUGUCAGAUGCUUCAGUGACAGCAGGCGGCUUUCAGAUUGAAUACACUGCUAUCAACUCAACUAAAAAGAUUGUAAACCCUAAAGCUACUACGAAGUAUUUUCCAGGAAAAUUUGGCAUUGUGUAAAAGAAUUUUGCAAAGAAAAAAGAUAAAAGCCUGUAAAUGCUACACCUUGUGGAAGUUGCUAGCUUUCUCCCAGAAGAUCCCAUUUCCAUGACUUCUGGCCUCCCCUCCCAAUGUAUUUUCCUCUUCUUAGCCAUUAAUCCAGGUACUUCUACUGAACUGAGCUGAGCUCUCCCUUCUUUUCCACUACUGCAGAAUCUGCUUUUUAAUAUUUUGAGUCAAGGAUCUGGGGGAGUGAUACUCGACUAUGGUAGUAUGUUCCUUUCUGCUUCAGAGCUCCUGGGUAGUAUCUUUUUUCCUCCUCUUUUCUAUUUUUCUUGUACUUUUU